GUGGGGCUGUAGUGGAGCUCGUGUCCACGUGACUGUCCAGUGUUUUGAGGUUUGCUCUUUGCAGAUUUAGUGAAACGUGAGGAACAGCGGAAAAAAUACCGUGAAAAAUCCGCUGAGUCUGAGGCCGCGGCUUCGACAGAAAGAGCCCGGACUGAAGCGCGCUCAAGGCGGACUGUGUCUCCUGUGAGCCCCGGUUAGCCCCGGUUAGCCCCUGUUAGCUCCGGUUAGCUCCGUGCUAAAGCUAAAGCUAAGUGCCGUGUGUAAAAUGUGUGAAAAGAGGCGCAGACUGAGAGCGCAGGUGACAGAGCGGCUGACUGCGGCUGCGGACGAGAUCUGUGCGCUGUUUGAAAGAACAAUAGCGGAGUAUGAGGAGGAACUGAGCCGCUCCAAAGAGGAGAACCAGAGGAAACAGCGGCUCCUGGACUCGGCUCUCAGGCGACUCCAGGAGCAGGGAGGAGCAGAGCACUUCCUGUAUCACCACAUGAUGACAUCACAAGGUGGAACAGAGUGUUUUCAGUUUGAGAGAAGAGCUCAGCCUAAAUCUGCAGAGGAGAACGCUGAAGAAGAGGAGAACGUCCUGAGACUAAAGCAGGAAAACCUGGAACAUCGUCAGGAGCCAGAACCAGGAGUCCACUGGGAAACAGAACCAUUCCAAAGCUUCAAUGAAAACUUGGAUUAUGGAAAAACAGAAAUGAACUUUGAAACGCAGGGAUAUUUACACGAUAAACAAACUGAGCAGUCUAUGGACUCAGAGAACGAUCGAGGAGAAGAGGCUCCGGUCUGGGAACCUGAGACAGAGCAGUUUUACGAAGAGAAAGAAUCUUCCUGCGUGAACACGUUUCAAUCUUCAGAGGGAGCAAAACGCACGGGAGGUCGCACACAAAAGCAGUGCGCCGUGUGUGAGAAGGUUUUUGGGAAUUCGAAAGAUUUAAAGAGACAUAUGGUCGUCCACACUGGAGAGAAACCUUACAGCUGUUCAGUGUGUGGGAAAAAGUUCACUCGAAAAGGUUCCAUGCAGUACCACAUGGCAGUGCACACGGGCGACCGGCCGUUCAGGUGUCACGUCUGCAGCAAAACCUUCUCACAGAAGGGGAAUCUGCAGGCGCACUUGGCUCUGCACUCAGGGGAGAAACCUUUCAGCUGUUCAGACUGUGGGGCCAGGUUCUCCUCUCAGCCGCCGCUCAUCAGACACAGGAAAGUGCACACGGGAGACAGACCUUUCAGCUGUCCAUUCUGCAGCAAAGGAUUCACCCGGAACGAGCAUCUGCAGAGACACAUGCAAACUCACACCAGCUCAUAAGCAAACUCUUCAGUGACCAGUGUGACCGGUGCAGACUCACACAGCCUCUGAAAUGUGUUUGACCAUUAAAGACGUUAUAUACGACCACAGACUGUGUAAAGGACUGAGUGAGUGUGACAUCACCACAGCGUUGAGUCAAAUGAAGCUCGUCGAGGCUGGAGCAGGGACGAUCUGGGGCAGAGUUACAUAUUAGGAAAACUGACCACAAGUAUCAUAGCAACCAAAGAGCCAAUCCAGAGCCAGGCUGUUGAAGGUAACGCCCCUUUCCUCCCACAGCGCUGGUUUAGCAGGGAGCGGGUGCCUAGCAACGCUGUCAAUCAAACCUGUUGCUAACGCUAACAGGAGCGACCUCGGGGACAGAAGGACCUGAUUUGUCUGUUUUUAAUGUUCAGAUCUUGAUUUACAGACACAAUAGUUGUCGUCUGGAGCCUGGCGGCGGUGAGCGGGUGAGCUACACCCAGUUAUACGCACAGUCUCUGUUUGUGACCGUGAAGUUUGACCGGAGCAAACUCACUUAAGGGAAAACUGUUACAAAAAACAACCACCAAAGAACUCCAGGACACAACCACAAACCUAAUGGUUAGUGGGACCCAGAGGUUUCAGACACGAUAUGAAUAAAGAACAUUUAUUAGUUCAAAUGAAGUGUACUUCAAACUCAGGCGUCUGUGACACUGUCAGGGAGGGCAUCCGGUGUAAUCUCACAUGUUUAUUAUUUGUAAUGUUGAUCUGUGCAGUAAAGUCUUGUUCUGG